GAGUUAAUGCGAACCGAGUACCCUGGUUUUUGUUGCGAAUAGCAUGAUUUCCCGAGAAGUGGUUGUAUAUUGCUAUGAAUUACCUUCCAGGAACAGCUAGCUUAGUAGAAGAAAUAGAUAAGAAACUUCUUGUUGUACUAAGAGAUGGAAGAACACUGAUUGGUUAUCUCAGAAGUAUUGACCAAUUUGCAAAUUUAGUCCUUCAUCGCACCAUUGAAAGAAUUCAUGUUGGUAAAAAGUAUGGAGAUAUUCCAAGAGGCAUUUUUGUUGUGAGGGGAGAAAAUGUUGUGUUGCUUGGUGAAAUU